GGUGAUGACAAACACUAAACUUUCAGACAGGCGAGAAACCGGCGAAUAAAUUGGGUCUGUUCAAGAGCGGCUCCCCAACGGUAAGACCCAAGGCUCCAGAAUGAAAGUCUCUGUGCAAGUGAGCCUGGUAUUUUUUCUGGCCCUUAUUGGCCUAGGCUCUGCUAUUAAGUGUUACAGCUGCAUCGAUUACACUGGCAGCUGCAGUCAAACCGCUCACUGCGCUGCCCAAGAGGAUGGCUGCCUGACGUUGCAAGAGAAAAAUGGGAAGUUAUACCGGCAGUGUAUCCGGUAUUCGGACUGUAGAACCAGCAUUCUUGGUAGCAUGUUUCCCAAGGUGGGCAAGUUUGAACACAAAUGCUGCCACCAUGACUUGUGUAAUGGUGCUUCUGUGAGCGCAGCCAGGACAUCAGUGAUUGCCUUGGUUCUUUCUCUGGCUCUGUUCUGGUGGUGCAUCAUUUAAUUGAAAGCAUUCAGAUACUGCCUGUUGAUGCUGUGGAUAACAAUACUAGUCCUGAGUGUUAUACUUUUAAGGGACAUAAAAACUGAGAUUAAAAGAAAUAAACAGACAAAUGACAGAUGCAUCUGCAUCUGUGUGAUCGCAUGUCAGAAUAUUAUGUCAUUAGAUUAAUAUCUAUAUAGAUUAAUAAUUAAAUUAUGGCUUCAUAUUAAUGGCAUUUUAAAAGUAAGGUUUUUAUUACCAAGUGAUAUAUUUUCUCUGAGGAAGUGAAACUGUAUAGGUUGCAUGAUUGUUUAUGUUGUUGAAGAUGGGCAGAUCCACAUUUUUUUCAGUUACGAUAAACAACUGCUAUACCAAUACAGAUUCUGUUACAAGAGCUCCUUUUACUUUAAUAUUAUCAUUGAUAUUGUUGGUAUUGUGUUUAAGGUAUGUCAUGAAAAUAAACCAAAGAUAAAAAUAAAGAUACUUCUGAUUAGAAGAGCAAAAAUAUACAAAAAUACAUCAAAUUUAAAUGCAUUCCAAAGGAAUUUAUUUAUAGCGUUGGUACUCUUUCACUUGUGCUUGAUUACAUUGGUUGUAUUGUGCAGUGCAACCAUCCUUCCACCCCUCUAUACACUGGCUUUACACACAUUACAAGUAGCAGUCUUAUUUUUUUUUUGCGUUUCCAGAUUAAAAUAUCUCCAAACAAACAACAUUUGCUCAAAUGUUAUUUGCUUACUCAGUUACAGACUGAAGUUGCCGUGGGUUUAUAAAAUGUGGGAUGGAAGAUAGAUCGGUGACGUGUCUAAUUUUAUGUUAUUUUAGGUUACAGUGGGUUCAUGGUACAGAGAAGGCUGCGGAUUAGAAUAUGGAUCAGUUCUGUCCGUCCGAUAACCGAUAAGAGAAUGAUGCCAAUAUCGGACACGGUAGAGAUAUAGGAUCUGAUCGGGCCCAUCUCUAAUUUUUUCAUUCUCACAUUCUCAAAUAAAAGUAGGAUGAACAAACCAAUUUUUUACUUUAUCAUUAUUGUCAAUACAGGAUUUUCAUCCUUCAUAUUGCUCGAUCCUUUUAAUGGAUCUGCAAGGAGUGAUUUGUAUAUGAUAGAAAAUGUGAAUAAAUCUGAAAUAAAGUAAUGAUAAUUUAGUUUAGCCCAUUAAUCCUCAAGAAUCUGUUCAGAAACCACUGAAGCACUUACAGACCAUUGCCUUUAGAAAUGCUUUCCUUAAAAAAAAAAAAAAGUUUAUACAGGGAACCUGGUUGGAAAUAUGCAAUAACUGCUAUAUAAAACAUACAUUUCUUUUUAGAUUAAUUGCUUUUUACAGUGUUCAUUACUAAUGGUAUUAUAGGCAGUAUUGUGUUAGGGUAGUGAAACUUCAGCUCUCCUUAACUAUGGGCUUUAGAGGUUCAAGUAGAAGUUGAGUCUAAAAAAAACCCUGUAAUGCAGGAGAGAAGUUUUGUUUUUUGUCACGUCCAGUAUUCUAGUACUAAUAAGUGUACAUUUAAUAAAAAAAAAAACAUCUUUAAAUUCA